AUGUUCUUCUAAGAACCAAACUCACAUUUAUCUAAAAUGAUUUUGAACAAAUUAUUAUUUCCAAGUCAGCAUUUAAAAGAUAAAGUAGCAUAAUAUUAAGAUGUACUUAGAUAUUAUACUUUAACCUUAAAUAAGAGUCAUGAUUCAAGAGAUAUAUACAAUUAUUCUGUAAAUAAUCCAUAAUAGAGGCGGAGCAAAAUAUAUUAAUUAUUUAUAAGAAAUAAUAGAAACCUAUGUUUUAAUAUCAAGAAGGAAAGUCCUCUUUUAAAUUUAUUAAUUAAGCUAUUGUGGCAGUAGAAAGAGAUUAGUCAAAAGCUAAUAAUAAAUAACCAAUAAUUUUUUAAAUUGGGCAAGAUUACAAUAUUACUGACAUAUUUCUUAAUACAUUGUUGUAACCAAAAGCUUUUAUAAAACUUCAAGAAAAUGCUACAUUUUUAUUUUAACCAUAGGAUAUUAUUAUGCUAUGUGAUUAGGCAGAGGCAAUUAUUAAAUAAUAGCCUAUUGUAUUAAGAUGUAAUGCUCCUAUUAAGAUUUUUGGGGAUAUCCAUGGACAAUAUUCAGAUUUAAUGAGAUUUUUUGAUUUAUGGGGAUCUCCUUUUUUAAAUGGUAAAGAUGAUGAAAUUGAAGGAUUUGAUUAUCUCUUUUUAGGGAAUUUUGUUGAUCGAGGUAUUCAUUCCCUUGAAACCAUUUGUUUACUAUUGGCUUUGAAAGUAAGAUAUCCAGAAUCUAUCCAUUUAAUUAGAGGGAAUCAUGAAGAUAAAUGGAUUAAUUAUUAAUUUGGAUUCUCAGAAGAAUGUUCUUAGAGAUUAGAUGAGGAUCCAGAUGAUGAUAAUUCUGUUUUUGCAAGAAUAAAUAGACUAUUUGAAUGGUUACCAUUAGCAGCAAUUAUUGAAGAUAAAAUAUUUUGUGUACAUGGUGGUAUUGGUUUUGCAUUAAAUUAUGUGGCUGAUAUUGAAAAUCUAUAGAGACCAAUCGAAGUUGUACAUGAAGUCAUAAGUUCUGAAUAAUAAUUGAUAAUUGAUAUUUUAUGGUCUGAUCCUACUGAUUCUGAUCAGGAAUUUGGAAUAUAACCAAAUAAUUUUAGAGAUCCUAAUGGCAUUGGAGGCAUUGUGAAAUUUGGUCCUGAUAGAGUAAUUCAAUUUCUAGUAGAAAAUAGACUCUCUCUUAUAAUUCGUUCUCAUGAAUGUGUAAUGGAUGGAUUCGAAAGAUUUGCAGGUAUUUAUAUAUUGAUAAUCAUUAAGGUGGUCAAUUAUUAACAGUAUCUAGUACUAUUAAUUAUUGUGGUAAGCAUAAAAAUGCGGGAGCAAUCCUAAUUAUAAAAAAGAAUUUAGAAAUAAUUCCUAAAUUAUUAGAUCCAAAAUUUAUUAAUGAUUAAAAUUGGAUUGAAAAUGAAGAAAUCCUUUAAUAAAUAUAUCCAAUAACAUAACUUUGA